UCUUGGUAUCUCAGCUUAUUCAGAAAAUAUCGGAAAUGAAACAGUAACAGUAGUACCUUGUAAUUAUAUAUUCCCUAGUGAUUAUAUAUUUGAUAAAACAAGUGAAUUUUUUUAUCGUGGAAUGCUAUUCAAUCAAAUGAUUCAAGUAAUGAUUGCGUCUUUAAUAAACGUUAGUACUGAUCUGAUGUUUAUAUCAAUUGUGAGCCAUCUUUGUGGACAAAUUGAAAUUUUGAUCCGUAACAUGAACGAGCUAGGAAUGAGCAUACUACUUAACUUUGAAAGUGGUGACACUGUAAAUCUGGUAAAAUGUUUAAUGAUAGUAGGAUUUAUGCUAAUGCAAAGCUACUUGUAUACAUAUCCAGCCGACAAUUUAGCAAAUUUAGGAGAAAAAAUGCUGAGAGGAUUAUAUAGUAGUUAUUGGUAUGAAAUGCCUAAUAGAUUAACGAAAAAUUUGGUCUUCAUGAUGAUGCGAUUGAAUAUACCACCUUAUCUCACGGCGGGUAAAUUUUUUUACCUUACAAGAAUAUCGUACACUUCAGUAGUCAAAACCGGUGCUUCUUAUUUAUCUGUGUUGAGAAUAUUUCUACAACGAAACUAA